UUUUUCAUUCGCACUUCUCAGAGCAGCAUGUUUUGGUCAACAGAGUGAAUCGUGUGGAAGAUUUUUCGUAAAUUAUUAGGGAAAUUUCAGAAAUUUAAAUGUCUAACGAGGAAAAAGUGUAGUUCAGAAUGAAGAACCUACCAGUGCUCACCAAUCUCCGGCCUCAAUUCAGCAAAAUCCCUCCGAAACAAAAUGAGAUUCUGGCCAAUCUCGGAACGCCUCACGUCGAUUCCUUCAACUACAUGUUGGAGGAGGGCAUUGAGGAUGUGAUUCGUCGACUCGAACCGGUGGAGUUUGAGUUGCCGAAUAAAAAUCGGGUCCGCCUUCGGAUCAGCGAUUGCUCAAUAGCAAAGCCUUCGGUUCCCCUGAAUCAGUUGAAUGCCAAGGAGAAGCGGAUUUUCCCUUCGGAGUGCCGGCAGAAAAAUGAAACCUACGCGGGGAUGUGCACGAUAGUGAUCGACUGGGACGUGAAUGGGCAACCGAAACCACCCAUAACGAAAGACAUCGGCCAGUUGCCGAUCAUGCUGAGGUCCAAGGCCUGUAAUUUGGGCGGAUUGUCCCCGCAGGAACUGGUCGAACGGAUGGAACACGAAGACGAGUGGGGCGGACAUUUCAUCGUGAGGGGUUUGGAGAAGCUGAUAAGAAUGAUUAUCAUGACGCGAAGAAACUAUCCCAUCGCCCUGAACCGGAACUCCUGGAAGGAUCGUGGAAAGGAAUUCAGCAGUACCGGAGUUAUGAUUCGGUGCGUGAAGACGGAUCAGACUUCGACGAACAAUGUGCUCCAUUAUCUGGUGAAUGGAACGGCCAAGUUGAUGUUCUCUAUUCGGAAGUCACUAACGUUUGUUCCGAUUGUGAUGCUGAUGAAAGCGUUGUCCCAUUACACGGAUAAUGAAAUUUACAAACGACUGAUUGCCGGAUUUGAAGAUGAUCAAUACUACAAACACUGCAUACAAAAUAUGCUCCGCGAACUGCACGAAGAAGGAAUUCACAACCAAGUAGAAUGCAAGAAUUACAUCGGAAACGUUUUCCGCCAAAAGCUGUACAAUUUACCCUCAUGGUACACGAACGAGGAAACGGCGGACUAUUUGCUCAAAAGUUGCGUACUCAUCCAUUUGGACGACGAUCUGGACAAGUUCAAUCUGUUGGUGUUCAUGAUGCAGAAGCUUUUCACCGCUGCCCAAGGCCGUUGCAAGCCAGAAGGGGCCGAUAGCGUCAUGAUGCAGGAAUUGCUUCUCGGAGGCCAUCUGUAUCAGAAAUUGCUGCGGGAACACAUGAUUUCGUUCCUCACGGGCGUGAAAUACAACAUUCUGAAACUAUGUAGCGAUGAUGAUGCACACUUGACCCAGAACGAAAUGCUGAUGGCUUGCAAGAAUACUGCGAAUUUUGAUCGGUCCUUUUCCAACUUCUUAGCGACCGGAAAUAUGCCCAAGGCCAGCGAAAUGGGAUUGAUGCAGGAUUCGGGUCUGGUGAUCGUGGCCGAGAACAUCAACCGUAUGCGUUAUAUGUCGCACUUCCGCGCCGUCCAUCGUGGUUCCUUCUUCGUGACGAUGCGAACUACCGAAGCUAGACAGCUGCUUCCGGAUGCCUGGGGUUUCAUCUGCCCUGUCCAUACGCCUGACGGAACGCCUUGUGGUUUGCUGAAUCAUAUGACUUCCGAUUGUAUGGUGUCUAAAAGUGCCGAUCGGAAAAAGAUAUCCAACAUUGAAGCCUGUUUGAUCCGAUUUGGAAUGACGCCUAUCAACAGUAUAGCUUUCGACACCUUCAAUGUCGGAGACAGCUAUUCCGUUAUGUUGGAAGGUAGAAUUAUCGGACAUAUUCCAAAAAACAUCGCAGGUGUAGCAGUUCAUAAGUUACGUUUGCUCAAGAUCGAAGGACAAGAAAUCCCGGAAGCUACGGAAAUCGCAUUGGUUCCCUCCAAAGAGGGAGGUCAGUAUCCAGGACUGUACAUUUUCGUCGGAGUAGCUCGUAUGAUGCGUCCCGUGAUGAAUUUAUAUGCCAGAAAAAUCGAGCUAAUAGGCACUUUCGAACAAGUGUACAUGGACAUCUGCAUUACUCCCGAAGAGUCCUAUCCAAACGUGACGACGCAUAUGGAACUGUCUAAGACAUCCUUCCUAAGCAAUUUGGCCAAACUGAUUCCCAUGCCGGACUGCAAUCAAUCGCCCCGAAACAUGUACCAGUGCCAGAUGGGUAAGCAGACUAUGGGCACGCCUUGCCACAACUGGCAGCAGCAGUGUGUUUCGAAGUUCUAUCGGCUGCAAACUCCGGGAACGCCGCUGUUCCGACCGGUCCAUCACGACAACAUCGAUUUGGACAACUACGCCAUGGGGACGAACGCCAUCGUAGCUGUGGUUUCGUAUACCGGUUACGACAUGGAAGACGCCAUGAUCAUCAACAAGUCGGCAUUCGAGCGUGGAUUUGCUCAUGGGAACAUCUACAAAAACGAAUUCAUCGAGCUGAAAGGGGACAGUUUCUUCGCCCGAGAUCCGCGCAAUGAAAACCUUCGACCUUUCCUGGAUAACGAUGGCCUGCCGUUCAAAAGUGCUAAGCUUUCGUUGAAAACUCCCCUCUACUGCUACUUCGACACCAAUGACCACAGUUAUCACAUAGUAAAGUUCCAUGGCCACGAAGAUGCCAUUGUGGACAACGUCAAGCUCUGUGGUUCCACUUCGUCCAGUGCGCCGAAACGGGCCGUCAUCACCUUCCGGAUAGUGAGAAAUCCCAACGUCGGGGACAAGUUUGCUUCCAGAGCUGGGCAAAAGGGUAUCUGUUCCCAGAAGUGGCCUGCCGUGGAUCUGCCCUUCACCGAGUCGGGUAUGAUUCCGGAUAUUAUCUUCAACCCACAUGGUUUCCCAUCGCGAAUGACAAUUGCUAUGAUGAUCGAAACGAUGGCCGGCAAAACCGGUGCCUGUCACGGUCUGGUGCACGAUGCCACUCCGUUCCGAUUCACCGAAAACAACACUGGAAUUGAUUACUUUGGGCGACUACUGGAAGCAAGCGGGUACAAUUACCACGGCACAGAGCGAAUGUACAGCGGAGUGGAUGGCAGAGAAAUGAAAGCGGACAUAUUCUUCGGAAUUGUCCACUACCAACGUCUUCGGCACAUGGUGUCGGAUAAGUGGCAAGUUCGAUCGACGGGUCCCCUAGAUCAGCUGACGCAUCAACCAAACAAGGGACGAUCCCGUGGAGGAGGAGUUCGAUUUGGAGAAAUGGAACGCGACGCUCUGAUAGCACACGGAGCAUCUUUCCUACUGCAGGAUCGAUUGUUCCACGGAUCGGACAAGAUUACAACCUUGGUGUGCAGGAGCUGCGGGACAUUGCUUGGGCCCAUCAGCAGCAUCACCAAAAGAGUGGCUACAAACUCAUCGGAGACGCAUCGAACGCCUGCCACGUGUCGUCUCUGUCGUAGCGAUAAAGAAAUUGGGUACGUUGAAAUACCGUACAUUUUCAAGUUCUUGGUGUCGCAACUGACGGCGAUGAACAUCAACGUGAAACUGGACCUGGAGAUGCCUUUAUUGUAGAAAACUAAUUACAGAUUAUUUUUAUUUUCGUUCAUAACGUUUCAAUAAACAAAGUUUACUGUAAAUAAUAA